AGUUUUUCGACGCUGUCAAGGCGGAUCGCACUCGGAGCUGGCUGCACGCCGCUUGCUCCCUCUCCUACCUGGGCGCUAUGGUUUCCAGCAACUCGGCUCUGCAGUUCGUCAGCUACCCGACUCAGGUCCUAGGCAAAUCUUGCAAGCCUAUUCCAGUCAUGCUUUUAGGAGUGACUUUGCUGCGGAAGAAGUAUCCCCCGGCCAAGUAUCUCUGCGUCCUCUUGAUAGUCGCAGGCGUGGCCCUGUUUCUGUACAAACCUAAAAAGGGGGCUGGGAGCGACGACCACGUCUUUGGCUAUGGAGAGCUCCUUCUGCUGCUGUCACUGACCUUGGAUGGGCUGACUGGUGUGUCUCAGGACCACAUGAGAGCUCACUACCAAACGGGUUCCAAUCACAUGAUGCUGAACGUUAAUCUAUGGUCCACCUUGUUCCUGGGGGCUGGGAUAUUGUUCACUGGAGAGCUCUGGGAGUUCUUGAGUUUUACGGAACGCUACCCCAGCGUCAUUUACAAUAUCCUGCUGUUCGGCCUGACGAGUGCGCUGGGUCAGAGUUUUAUUUUCAUGACUGUGGUAUACUUCGGACCUCUGACCUGUUCCAUCAUCACCACAACCCGCAAGUUCUUCACCAUUUUAGCCUCCGUCAUUCUGUUUGCCAAUCCCAUCAGUACGAUGCAGUGGGUGGGGACGGUCCUGGUGUUCCUGGGCCUUGGACUUGAUGCCAAAUUUGGAAAGGGAGUAAAGAAGACAUCGCAUUGAGGAAAUGGUUGAUCUCUGCGGCUGGAAUGAACUUUUAAUUUAUUGUCUUGUACCUCAAAAUCUGUUAUGAAACUGGACUCAGGAUAGGUAAUCAGAAGGGGAGCGUUUGGAUUUUUUGUGUUAUAGUUUUUUAAUUCUAAAUUGUCUUAAAAGUGUAAUACUUUAGUUUUAACUGUAAUUAAGCUUCCCCCCGCCCCCCCUGCCGUAAUGAAAGCUGCAUUACUAGAUCCUAGCAGCAGGAUGAAAUUCUUGCCUUAACAGGAAAAAAACUUCAUAUCUUUAUUAAAGAAAAAGAGACAAUGGCCACUUUUCCAGAACUUUAAUUUCAGUAUCGUUGGCGGAUCUUGGGGAGAAACAGCACACCUCUCUCCCAGGAGAGGGCUAGUCGUAGAAUUCCGUUAGUUCUUUGGUGUGGCCUGGAAAGAUCCCUGGAUUAAAGGCCCGUGUUGAAGACAACCCCCUCUUCUGAUUGACUGUAUGAUUUUUUUUCCGUAACUGAGUUGGUGGAGCAGCCGGUUGGAUGCUCUUCCAUUAAAAUAAUAUGCGUAAACAUGGAGAUGCAUUAUAUCCUUCGUCCGAGCCCUUCUAGAACAGAAGCAACUCUUGGCACGUGUAAAAGUUUACAGGAAACCUGUUUAACGAGCGGGGCCCAAAUUAAUUCUUCUCAUCCCCCCCUUGCUGGUGAAGGAACAGGACCCUCUGCCGCUAAAACCACGCCAAGGUUGUGCGACAGCGGCGUCUAAAUGUUGCAAGGGCCCUCGUUAAUUAACCACCCUCACGGCGAGCUUUCCGACACCCGCUCCUGAGCACAGGCUAGCUCCCCAGUGUUGCGUGGGGAGGAGUUGUUAUCAUAAUGAUGCCUUCAGAGUUGGAGAGCAAAAUUCUCCAAAGAGCAAACUUUACACAUGAAAGCAUGUUUCUACCAGCUGUCGCUUGGUCUCCAUCUGUUCUGUGGCUUUGGCCUUUUGCCCCUCCAGAUGGGAUCUUGAUCUCUUUCCUGAGCGGCUGUUGUAAGUCUCUCUCUCUCUCUCUCUCUCUCCCCAGCCCCUGCUUCCCCCACCCCUCCAGUGUUUCUUACAACUUUUGUGGCCUCAAAUUUGGUUUUCAUUUAAUCUGUCUUAGUUCUACUCAAACAACACGUUUCUUGCAAAAUUAAACCCUAGGCUAUUAAAGGGUUUUUCUCUGUCAGCUUCACCUCUUUGCUAACUUACGUUGUCUUAAAGGUCAAGUGAUAAGUAGCAAACAAACAUGUUCUCAGUAGUAGAGAAUCCUGAAGUAAAAGCUUCUGUGGCUUAACUCCAUGAAUAUUCCUGAUGAACACCAUGUGCUGGCAUCUGCUACUGUACGGUGGGGAUUCUGGCUUCCCUGAAGACAGUUAUGCCUCCCGGUGUCUCUAAGGUAAUAAAUGUUACUUCCAUUUUAUAAAAGGGAGAAGAGAAAUCGCAUGACUUGUUCAUGAACACGGUGGCAGAGAUAAGAAUUAAUUCUUUUGUGCGUCUUAAUCAUAAAACUAUCUUUCCUCUGUGUUUAUAGGACUUGCGCUCCUCUCUCUCGGCACUAUCUUAAAUUUAACCGAUUCUCAAACUCGGCAACCAAAAGCAGCAAAAAGAUUCUAGGCGAGCUCUCAAUUCUAUUAGUUUUGCAGACUUGUUUUCCCUUCUAUUAGUAAUCUAACGUAGGAAUAGACCCAGCUCCCCUGUCACUGUGCAAAUACAAACGCCUGAAAAAUGCAUUAUAAAUCACUUCCUCCCUCAGCCAUCCACUUCCUCGUGAUAAUCUUGGAAUUUCUGUUCAAACGUGUCGCCUGUUAAGGAUAUUUGAGUCAUUGCUGUUACAAACCACUACUCUACUCUAGAGCGUGUGCUACAAAUCAAAGGGCAAUCACUCUUAUUUUGACUCCACAGAAGCAGAAUUGCUUAUUAGUGGUAAUUCUAUACUGACUAAAGCUCUUGAGAAAGUAUAUCAUCAGAAAUUGAGGGACUGAGAUAGCAGCAGCCUUUCUCCGCUGCGCUGUCAGUGUGUUAUCGGCAAUCUCCUUUUUAUUUACGGCAUCUCAAGCCAAAUUGCCUCGUUUGUGUACAUGCUAGGAAGACUGCUCUUCCUGAACUCUUCUCCCCCUUUUGCCCUGAGUCUAGGUGUAGCUCUAGGAGAGACAGCGUCUUAAAAAUGAAAGAAAGACUUCAUUGUUAAUUUUUUCCUUAACCGUUGAAAAGAAGCCGCCGUAGUUUCAAGGGAAAUUUUGCUCAAACCCACAGGUCUGUCCCCUUCCCCACGCUGCAGCAGCCUAGACGACCGGCAGAAAGAAGAAAGCUGGGAGCUUCCUAGGGUCUAUUUUCUAAGCCAGGAUCUGUCUUUACCAAUAUCUUCGACUUGUCUGUAUUCAGAGCACAGAUUUAAAGAUCAGUCUGCCAAGAAGAAAGAAAAUAAAGGAGAUUUUCUCUCUCCCGAUUGCUGCAGGCUCCCUUGACCCACUUUAGCUCUAAAGCCUGUUCCUGGUGUUGCUCCAGCUUGGUUUUUGCUGCACCUCCAACUCUUAGUCAAUCAGAAUUUCUUAAAACAAAGGCAGCUCUUGUACCUACCUUAAGUCUGAAUCCUUUGGAUUUCCUUGGACAGCCUGCUGUCUUCUCUCCAGACCUCACGUACUGCGAGAUCCCAGAGGAGGCUACAAAAGCAAUUCAAGAGGCUAUUUUCAAAUCAGCGCUGGCUUUUCUUCUUGGACAGUUUUAACAACGCUGCCACAAAACAGGUCCCCAGCUUUGAGCUGCCAGGAGGAUUGCUGUAAUGCCUCUCCCCAGUGACAGACUGGUUACCACGUUUCGAGAAGCCUGCCUGGUGACUUUUGGUGUAUGUUCCUGGUUGAGUUCAGCUGUCUCUUUAUUUAAAGACAGGUAAACUCCAAAGGAACUGGGUUAGGAUCCAAUAAAGUUUUCAUCCUCCGCGUUACUUUUUCCUGUUAGAAAUGGUAGCUCCUCUUCGAAGCGCCUUUUGCAGAGGGAUAAAUGUGUUUAAUAGUUUUUUGGCUUUCUUCUUUUUUUAUAAACAGCGCAAGUGUCUUCAGAGGCAAUGCUUGAAUUUCUGGUGAGGUGUCAGGAAAGGCUUUCUGUCUUCAAGUAAGAGAUUAGCAAUGUACAAAGUGUUGACAGAACUUACUCGGGUUUAUCUAGAUACCGCGUAACAUCUAGGGUAUGGCUGUGCAAAGGAAUCGUUAACUACUGCUGGCAAGUUCUAUUUUGCUUAUUCAAAGAAGGAAGCCGCCUGUGGUAGCGUGUGCACCUAUAAGCAGUUUAGAGGUUUCAGGGAGUUAAAGCGCAGUGCCCAGGUUCUCUACCAACAAUCUGGGCUUCGCCAGUUCUGCUAUGACUCGGUUUGUCUCUCUCUGCUUUUUUUAGACACUCUCCAGUUUAUUAGAAGGGUGCAAACCUAGUUAAAUAAAAAAGACUACCUUGUUCUUUU